UUGACGCAUCCUGCAGGUGACGUGGAACAUGGGGACGAUAACGGUAAAUCCCUGUGUAUUAAGACGGUAUCAAACCUACUCUGGCUACAGUCGAAUCGCUUAAAACAAGUUCGACUGUUGAAGUUUCCAGAAGGAGUCAGCGUUGGCACACUGCAGGAUUACCAUAUUGUAGCAGCCAGAUAGUAUUCUUAUGAGCGCUCCCUGAGAUCUCCAGUCAUGGCUAGUCCAGAUGAUCUACAGUUUCAGGAGUUUGAGGAAGCCGCAGAUCUCCUGUCUUCAAAUCCUGGAGCUGCAACCCUCAGCAUCUCCAGCCCCAGCGCUGCAGCCUCCUCUGGAGAAGUUAAAGUGGAUCUGUCAGACGAUGAAGACAACCAGCAAGAGAGUUCAGAGCUGCUUGCAGGCGAAAAACAAACUGGUGGUUUUUGGACGUUUGAAUACUAUCAGUCGUUCUUCAACGUAGAUACAGUGCAGGUGCUGGAUAGGAUAAAGGGCUCAGUUAUGCCUUUGCCAGGAAGGAAUUUUGUCAAACACAACAUUCGAAGUAACCCUGAUCUUUAUGGUCCUUUCUGGAUCUGUGUGACUCUAGUGUUCUCAGUGGCCAUCAGUGGAAACCUCUCCACAUUUCUGAGUGAGAUGGGAGACACAGAUUAUCACUACAGACCUGAAUUUCACAGAGUCUCAAUCGCAGCAGUCGCUGUGUUCCUCUAUGCAUGGCUGGUGCCUCUAGGAGUUUGGGGCUUCCUAACGUGGCGUCAAAGUGUUGAGAGACAGAUCAGCGGUUACACAUUUUUAGAGACUGUUUGUGUCUACGGCUACUCUCUCUUCAUUUAUAUCCCUACCUCGAUAUUAUGGACCAUUCCCUUAUACUGGCUCCAGUGGCUGUUGAUUGUCAUUGCCAUGGUGAUCUCUGGCUCUGUGUUGGUCUUGACAUUCUGGCCGGCUGUUCGCGACGACACAAAACUAACGGCUUUCACUACCAUGGCAGUUAUAGUGUCACUUCAUGCCCUUCUGGCCGUUGGCUGCAAGCUCUACUUCUUCCAAACGGCAACGUACACAGGAUCAUCACACUCCGGGCAACAGAUAACCCCAGCUUCAAAUCACACAGCACUUAACGUAGGAAAACCUCAAUGACCAACUGAAUGGGAACCUUGGAGUCUUUAGAUUCAAAGGACAUGGAAAAUGCAACGAAGGAGUGCUAAUGCUAGACGCACACAUGCAUUCCCAGCAAGCCUAUCGAAAGUGUUUCCAGUCUGUAUCUAACCAAGCAGAUGAAAUAACCUCCCUCAGAUCAAAAGUGAAAUCACAGUAAUGAUUUACUGAUGACUUUAGUUUGUAGUAUUUUUCUUGAAAACAUUACCUUUAAUUUGAUAGGGUGUUGUCCAUUUUUGUAUUUCUUUCAUUCAAAAAAAUUAAGUAAUUUAAAAGUGUGAUCUUGCAUUACUGUGAACUGAUUUGAGGUUUGCCUUAUAACCCCUGACUGCUUUCUUUCCUUUCAAGACUACUUUCUCUCUGUUCUGUAAAUUGAGAGGAAGUACCGGUAUUGAGUAUUUAAUUUUGCUUUCCUGGGCAGUUUUCUGUUUGAUGACACUGUGGAUUAAAAUCAUUAUUGUCAGGGUG